GCUGGCAUGCACCACCGCCAGAGCACGAGUCGACGAGUGCCGGGACAUGGUCCGGUGGCGGCGCUGCCGCGUCCGCCAUCGAGACGUCCCAGGGCAGGUCGGAGCAGUGGCGUUCAGGUGGCUGGGACGCGACGAGAAGCACCUGGCAGGAGCCGGACUGCAAGCCCGGCGAGCAGCAGUGGACUUCUUCGCGAUCCACCUGGACUCCGGCUUCGACCUGGGAAAGCUACGGGGACGAGCGUUGGAAAGGUGAGCAGUGGGGCGACUGGUCAUCCGGAUGGAGAUGGAACGACAACUACAAGGACAGCAAGUGGGAGCCCAAUAAGCGCCACUCCGGACAUGAUGACGACCGCCCCAGCAUCAACAUUGGCAAGGACUUCGCCGACCCCGAGAAAUGGAGAGGCUGGGGGGACUACCGCAUGUGGCGCCGCACGGUGCUGCGCUGGAGAACACUGACGGACGUUCCCUCCCACAAGCAGGCUGAUCGCCUCUUCCGCUCUCUUGAUCAAGACCUUCAACGGAAGCUCGAGGACCUCGAUGACGACGCGCUGUGCAGCUCAUGGGGUUUCGACGCCAUUGUCAAACGCCUUGACCUGAUGUCUGGUGAAAGACACGGCGACGAGCGACGGAAGGUCGCUCGAGAGUGCUUACUGGAUUAUUCACGCAAGCAGGGAGAGAAUCUCACCGAAUACUGUGCACGUAUGGACACGGCCUUCGACAGGGUAGCUACCCAGGGGCUGCCGCUUCCAGACGAGUGGAAACUGAUGUUCCUGGAGGAAGGAGUUUCUCUCGAUGAGCGCUCGGCGCAGAUGGUCAAGGUGCUCAUGAGGGACCAGAAGGACUACAAGUCGGCUCUCUCGGCCAUUCGGGAGAUGGACAUCUCCCAUCGAGAGCAUCUCAAGGCACGCAGGACCUACGCCACUAUGGGCUCGGAAGCACCCCCACCUCAGGUGCCUACCUAUCAAGUCGAGCGCGACGACGAGUCCCUGCUUGACUACUCGGAUGUCUCCUCCAUGGACUCAGACGGGGAAGCAGAGGUCUGGGCGAUCCUGGAGUCGGCCGACGUCGGGGAGGACGACGCGCCUGCAGCGCUGGCCGCCAUUAACCAGGAGCGCCGCAAGACGUGGAAGCAGAACCGCGACUUGAAGAGACAGCUGAAGACCGACCGGAAGUUCUACGAUAGGUCUGGCCAGGGCCGUGGCAGUGAUGGGCGCGAGAAGGCUCGCAGGCCCGGCCACAGGGCAGCAGACGGCACUUUCAGAGCGCGGAAGAGUCGCCUUCCGCUUGCUGAAUUAAUUAAGCGCACAAGAUGCCGCGUCUGUCAUCAGAUGGGACACUGGUCUCGAGAGUGCCCACAGAAGCAGGGCGCAGGAGCCAAGGACGAAAAGGGGUCUCCUGCCACGGGUCUGACUUUCCUGUAUGUGAAUGCUUUAGAUCACUCCACCUCCCAGUGCUUCGACGAGCCUCCUCCUCCAACCUACGCAGUUGUCCUGCUCGCCGUAGGUCCUGGGGCCAUGGUGGUCGACACCGCGGCCGGCCAGGGCCUUGUAGGCAUCGAGGGUAGCAUGGGGGUGCUGGAGCUGGAUGUCCUGGACCAGGUAGACAAGUUUUCAGUUCCCGCCAAAGACUUUAAAGCUCCGGCCUCCGUGUUUAGGUUCCAGAACAGGUCCGCUAAGGGGUCUGGAGUCGGGCGGCACCUCCGACUCCGCGCUGAGCAGUACGUGUACUUCGGGACUCGCCAGGGCUUUGAGUUCCAGGUCGAGACGUUUCAGAGCCAGGGGAGGGUCGACAGCGCGGGGUUGGAGGUGGCCGACGUGGGCCACGAGGCCAGCCUCGACUUCGUACGCCAGAGGGGGCGUCGUGGAGCUCAGGAGCGGCGGCCGCAUACGAUGACGGACCGCAUGCAGAGCCAGACGGACUCAGCAUGGGUCUACGGGGCCACCGGGACCUACGUCCCGGAGAACCUCAACAAGGGCGAGAAGGGAUGGGCCUGUUUGGCCGGGUGGGUGCUAUAUUGGUCGGCGCGUCUGGCCGAGGAGUUCGGGAGUAUGUGCCGCGCCAAGCGCUUCUGGCCGACCAACCUGCCCAAGUCUCUUCGCCGCCUCUCGCAGGAGUACGAGACGUGUUGGCACCCACCGACGCUCGUGAACUACGGAGCCAACUCGUGGGGGAAGUGGUUCGUAUGCAGCGGGUGCUCGAUGAGGGUCGGAUACUGGGAGCUGAGGCCGACAAAAGGGACCGUGAAAGAGGAGAAGCUGUGCCUGUGCAAGAAGAAGGACGCCGCGUGCACGCUGUGUGGACAAGGUUGGGCUCAGGGCGCGACCGCCGAGCCACAGUGGCAGGCCUUGAUAUGCGUACCCAAGCCACCUCCUGGGGCCGAAAGGGCUCCGUUGCCUCUUCACCCGGGCAUGAUGGUCGGAGGUCUGGCGGGCGGCUCAGUCAUGACGGCUCGGCAGCCGGCGUAUCAGCGAGUGGCGGAGGGCGCGGCGAAGGUCACCGAGGCGCUGCAGAAGGAUCAGGCGGAACAGAGGUCCGCAGCAGCAGCAGCUCGCCGGGCGUCCUCAACGAAGCGCAAGCCAGAGAGCGACACGGAGGCUAUGGACACCGCCUCCGACCCACUCGAGGAGAUGCGCGAGUACCAGGCCAAGACCGAGAGGGACAUGAAGGGUAUGGUCGAGAGUCAAUUUCAGGAGAUGAAGGCCAUGAUCCAGGGGGUGAUGGCCUCGCAAGCGUCGCAGCAGGAGGCGCUCGAGCGGGUCACGACCACCGUAAAAGAGCAGAUGACGGCGAUCGCGACCGCCCAGGGACAGGCGCAGGAGGCCAGCCGAAUGAUCAGGGCCAUGGCGCAGGGCAGCUCGAGCAGCAAGGCGGACCAGGUCAAGGUCACAGCCGCUGCAAUCGACUCUCCCCCCAAGGCGGAGGCCAAGGCACCGCAGGCUCGGGAGGUUCCACAACGGCCAGUGCCGUCGGGGCAUCCUUCGUCACUGGGCCAGCAGAUGAUCGAGCCACAGCGUCAGAGCCCACCACCUCUCGCAGCGGGGGCGCCGCCAGGGGCGGCUCCAACAGCGUGGGCCUACAUUGGGACAGCACCGCUCGACGGGACGAGUGUGCCGGCGGCGAUGGCCUCCCAGGCGAUGCUGCACCAGCAGGCGGCAGCCAACGCGGGGGCGCCACAGCCGACGAGGUCACCAGCGCUAGGAGGCUAUCCGACAUACGGUCCCCCGGUCGAGCAGAAGAAGGACGCAGUGACUCCUCCCCGCAAUCCGGAUCGCCUCUUCACUGCGGACGAGAUGCCGAUCGGCUCCACGGGGACGCUGACCACGGAGGCCAGCAUUUCACUCCCGGGCACGGACCUGGCAGCCCCGCCAACGGCAGCAGUCGGUCCCUACGGCAAGGGCAACAACAAGGGCAAGAUUACUCCCUCACGCCAGCCGGAGAACCGAGACCCGUGGACGCCGGGCCCGGAGGAGAAGGCCGCCGAGAAGCGGCGCCAGGAGUACCACGAGUGGAAGGAGGAGGCAGGACUGCGCACCCUGGGCAGUCUUGAUCUGGCGACGGGGUGGGACUUUAGGAAGAAAGACGAUCAGGACAGGGCUAUGGAGCUCGUUCGGACCAAGAAGCCGUGGAUGAUUUUCCUGGAGCCCCCGUGCGCUGAGUUCAGUCCGAUCCGAGAGCUCUUUCGGAAAACCUCUCCUGAGCCUCUGGAGGUUCAAGAGCGCAAGAAAAGAGAAGCUCUGGACCUUUUGGCUUUCUGCAUGAAGCUUGCGCUUGUUCAGGUCCAGGAGGGUCGACGUUUUGCUUUUGAGCAUCCGAAUGGGGCCGCGUCCUGGCGAAAGCAUGUUGUGGACAUGAUCAGGAAGCUUCCGGGGGUCAUGGAGGUGGUCAUAGACCAGUGUGAGUUCGGUCUGUCCGUGGUCGAGGGGACUCUUUCUCGCAAGUCCACCCGUGUCAUGACCAACGACUCCGCUCUUUUUCGCCAGCUGUCAG